UGUAGUACAACCUCAAAGAAGAAGACGAAGAAGAAGUUACUACUGUAUAGUCAUGUAACAGUAAGCUUAUUAUACAAGGUUAUAACGAAGAUAAAUAUGAAUACCAUUUGACAUCGUCUUAUCUCGCCCAGGUAGAGAUGCGAGUCCCCGGGUUCUGGUCCUUCGCAGCCCGGAGCUUCAGCCUCCAGUUUCCCGCCGCCGGGCCGCUCUGCUGCCGGCUGCUGGGCCCCAGCCAGGCCACAAGAAACAUGUCCUCAAAAAGAAAGAUGGACCAUCUAGAGAGAACAGCGGGCAACAACAGACAAAAUGCUAUGUAUCCUGCUGAAGUACGUGGCAUCAUUAACGAGUCGGAGACGGUGAAACGUUUGAGAAUAGCUGUUCCCCCAGACUUCAGCUUCAAAGCAGGACAGUGGGUGGAUCUCUUCAUCCCCGGCGUGGAGAAGGUGGGAGGUUUCUCCAUGUGCUCCGGCCCGGGUCUGCUGCAGAGGGAGGGCAUCGUGGAGCUGGCCAUCAAAUACGCAAAACACCCCCCCGCACACUGGGUCCACACCAUGUGUACAGUGGGCUCCCAGGUUGUCAUGCGUGUCGGCGGGGACUUCUUCUUCGACCCCUCGCCCUCUGACCCCUCUGUUGAUUUGCUGCUGGUGGCGGGCGGUGUGGGGAUCAACCCCUUGUACUCCAUCCUGCUGCACACCUCAGAUCUGCUACAUCGCAACCAGGCCUCUGGGGGGCGGGACUUCAACAUAGGCUCCGCCCACCUCUGCUACAGUGCCAAGAACACCCAGGAGCUGCUCUUCAAGAGCUCCAUCAUCGCUGCGUGUCUGGAGUUCCCCGACAAGCUCUCCUGUGACCUCCACGUCACGCAGCAGAUCACAGAUGUUGACUCACACCUCCAGCCUUUUAUCAACCGUGGGAGAAUCACAGAAGAGGAGCUGCGUUCUCACGUGGACCUGCAGAGGACUUUGUGCUUCCUGUGUGGACCCCCGCCCAUGAUAGAAACACUUUCCAAAACCCUCCUAGACUUCGGACUCCCGAAAGACAGAAUCCUCUUUGAGAAGUGGUGGUAGAACCCUUCAGGGGGAGGAUGUUCCGUGUGUGUCGAGAAUGAAAACAUUUAUGAGCGCUGGAGGAAAUUCACUCACGGAUCCCGAGCUACCUCAACCUGUGCCUGAUCUGCUAUACCACUGGGACCACCCACUCUUCAACUACAAGCCGACUCACAAACACAAUGAGUUUUAUUUCAUAUCAUCGACAAAGGAGGACUGACUAACAGACAAUAAAAUCUCUACUUUGGUGUCUAGAAAAUACAUUUUAUAGCUCACCGUUUUGCUGAAUAUUCUAACAACAAAGACACACUGUCACACAGCUGUUACACAUCUUCAUAUCUGAUCUCAUUUCCAGCCUAUAAUUGCUUGACUGAGGUUCUACUUGAAUAGAUUAUAAUGUUUAGUCUGACCCAAAUUGUUCACAUUAAUGUUAAGGCAACAAUUUAUUUAUUCAAGCUUGUCAUGGAACAAUAAUUUAAGAAAAAGACAGAUGAAGCUUUAUUAAUCCUAAUCCAGUUUUCCACUCUCUUAUUGUACACAUUCUCUCUCUCUCUCUCUCUCUCUCUCUCUCUCUCUCUCUCUCUC